GGGUCAUGUCAGUCAGCCACUUCCUGGACGGGAGGCAAGGACCGCGGGACGAUCGUCUGCUCCCUGCGGCAUGGGAAAAUAACCUCCCCGGGUCUCCUACCAACCCCUACUUCCCUGCUUUGCUUGGAUAGAAUGUUCCUGCAACGCUAAGUUUUACCCUGCGACUAUUUGCUUGCUAGGAGAGUUGAAGAGAAGCAUCGCCAAUGGAGGACCUGAUCUCUGAAGCCCAGAAGCCCAAGAUCACCUGUUACACCUGUCGCCAGCCGUGUGCUGGGGAGGUGCUGAGGGUUCAGGACAAGCACUUCCACAUCACCUGCUUCGUCUGCAGAGUCUGCCGGCGUCAGCUGGCCACCGACGGGUUCUUCCUGAAGGAUGGGAUGUACUACUGCACGCGGGACUACCAGGAGAUGUUCGGGACAAAGUGCCACGGCUGCGGCGACUACGUGGAGGGGGAGGUGGUGACGGCACUCGGCAAGACGUACCACCAGAAGUGCUUUGUCUGCUCACGCUGCAGGCAACCCUUUCCUCCAGGUGACAGGGUGACGUUCAAUGGGAGAGACUGUCUCUGUAAAUUCUGCAUCACCCCUAAUGCCGGGCCCAACCGGGGGAUGCCAGCCUCUACUGCGUGUGCGGGAUGUGGAGAUGAAAUCAAGUCGGGACAAGCCUUGCUAGCUCUGGAUAAACAGUGGCAUCUGUGGUGUUUCAAGUGCACCCAGUGUGGAUGUAUGCUGGCUGGAGAGUAUAUGGGAAAAGAGGGUCGUCCGUAUUGUGAGCGUGACUACCAACAGCUGUUUGGUGUGAAGUGUGCCGGGUGUCUCACCUAUAUCACUGGAAAGGUUCUGCAGUUGAGUGUGGAGGCAGUGUUGCUGGAUGAUGGGAGCUUCACAGAGGCAGGAGAGAAGCAUUAUCACCCUCACUGUGCGAAAUGUGCCAAGUGUGGGCUGAUGUUUGGGGAGGGUGAGGAGAUGUAUCUGCAAGAUAACCAGAUUUGGCAUCCAGAUUGUAGCAAGGCUGCCCAUGCUAAUGGUAUAAAAGACCAGUAUUGGCGACAUCAGGACUACCGAGUUCCCAAGCAAAACUACUAUCCUAUCAAGCAAAUAGCCGAGAAACUGGGCACCAGUGCCCCACCCUACCGGGCUAAGUACCCCAAGUCAACCCCCCGGUGUCCCCAGUACAUUCUUCAGACUCCUCCCAAAUCUCCACUCAAACUCCGCAGACAGGUUCCCUCAGCACCCAUGUUGAAGCAAAAGAACUCUCCAACUCCAAAGAACAGGAUGUACAUGGGAAGUUACCUGAACAAGCCCCAUGGCAUGCAGCGGGCCAGCGGGGACCCAAAGGACCCCAAACAGAAACACUUUCACACACCAGAUGAAAGCGAGGAUGCGAAGAAGAAGACAGCCAAGCUUGAUGAUGACAUUGUGCAGGCGACCCGGUACCCCAGCGGAUUCCGGCCGCAGCCCGACUUCCCAUCCAGAAUCGAGCGAGACGAUUGGCCAGGACCACCUUCUCCUGCUGCCACAGGCAAGUCAGUAGAGCGUGUAGAUGUAAUAAAAAUGCAGCGAACACCAGCUGCCCGACCUAAGACCCCUGAUGACCUCUUGCCGAUGGAGAAGGAUGACUGGCCUGCUCCACACGCUGACUUCUACUACGGGCGGCUAAGGCGCUCCACCUCCCCACUGGAAGAAAUGGAUCGGCGCCGGGAACAGGAACACAUGAAGGUUGUGGAAGAGUGUCAGUCUGGGCUGGGCAAGAUGAUCCUGAAAGACAUGAAACCUACUGACAUCGGAGACAUCGACCCUCGGAGUGCUUCUCGUGUCCCGGCCGCUGACCAUGAACCACCUUUCAAACCAAGAUACGACUCCCCUGUGGACGCUUCGCCCUCCAGGACAUAUGUGUCCCACAUGGAGGAGAAUGUGGACGUGUCACCAAGACAACCAAACUACGCCCCGCCCGGGGGGUACCUGGAGGCACAGAAGAAGGCGUCAACACUCCCCGCAGCUUCACGUCCAGGGAUGCGAGGUGCUCGUGAUGAUAGCGGCCCUGAUUUGCCUGAUUUUGAGGCUACCUACGUCUCCACCACGUACAUUUCCCUCCAAAAGAAGCCUCACACUACGGAGAAUGGCCUGACAAAUGGCCUGUCUGGUCCGUACUGGGACAAUGAGGCUCCAGGAGCGCUGCACAGUAAGUCCUCAGAGUCCAGCUUGGACCACAGCUCAGCAUACUCCAGCUCCCCUGUGCGCUCACGGGAGGUGUCGGGCAGUGAUUUAGGAUCACUGCAGAGAAGUAAAGGUCAGUCACUUCCAGACAUGGGCCCACCCAAGAUAUACCCAGUGGUGGAGCUGCUGACAACAAACUAUAAGCUUCCACCAGAUGUGGACAGAUCCAAGUUAGAGAAGCACAUGUCAGAUGCAGACUUUGAGGCAGUGUUCCACAUGACUAGAGAGGAGUUCAGCAGUCUAGCAACCUGGAGGAGAACAGAGCUGAAGAAACGAGCUCAUCUCUUUUGACACAGAUGAUGUCUCUUUUAAACUCUCUCACUCCUUUGUGUGUUUCACAUGUAUACAGACUAACUAUCACCAGCUUUGUGUUCAUCUCAGCUUCGGUACCUGCCUCAAUAGAACAACUGUUACACCACCACCAGUAUUUAGGAACCAGAUGUGGUUUCAUGCUCACUAUUUCUAAGAAAAGUUAAAGAAAAAGCGGACAUUAGAUGGUAGUGCUUUGAUUAGAAGAGCUAAGUGAAGUGUGAAAUCAGUGUAGUGUGUUAAAGCUAAGCUCUGUGGACCUACACAGGCAACAAAUUCAAGGGACAGCCUCAUGCUGUGUUAUAUUGUAUUACAGCAUGUUGGGACAGAUCAUUUAACUGGUGGAAUUGUUGAUUUUAUUAUUAGUGUGUGGUGGUGUUUUUUUUUUUUUCAAAAGUGCUCUCCUGUAAGAUUUGAAAUGAAAGGAAAAGAUGAACAUUAGGAGUUUGAUAUGAUAGAAAAUACAACAAUUUAAGGAGAGCGACAGAAAGCUAAGGAACAUUGAGGCAUAAAACAAAUAUUGAAAGAUUUUUAGCCCUAUUGUGGCCACAUCUAGACUGUCAGUUAUUGUUACAUAGCUGAGACUGCCUUCUGUUGUGAUAUUCUCCAGAACAAAUGCAAAGAUGGUGUCAGAUGAUUCACUUUUAAGGCCAUGCCAAUUUAUUUCCCUUGUUCUCAGACAUUUUAAAGCAAGCAGAUAUCAUAAAGGUAGAGGGCAGACAGGAAACUUGAAUAUGUCAGACAAUGUAUUUUCUUCCUCUGAGUCAAUGCAUGUUUAUGUUGAUACCUGACAUAAACCUGGUCCCCAGUCUUUGUUUUGAUUAUGUUUUUCUAGUUAAGCAAACACGCAUGUCUUUAAAAGCCUGAGGACCAGCAAAUUGGAUUGGUGUGGCCUUGGAUAAAACAAAGAAACUGAGACGAAUUCACAGGAAAAUGUAUGGUAUGGGCCAAACUAAGAACAUUAGAUGUAGAAUAAACAGAUGAAGCAUAUUUUAGCCAACAACUUGUGUCAAACUUUUUUUUAUAUUCUUAGCAUUUCUGUUAUUAUCAAUGAUGGCAAAGUAUAGUCAUAUAUAAUUAAAUAUGUGUGUAAUAUGUGUAAUCAAAUUAUAUGUAAUCAUUAAGAUCAUUUGCAUUUGUCUAACAGGUGCUGUUACCAUAAUAUUAUUGAUUAAAGUUGAAGUGUGUCAGAUGUACUUUGAUAUGUAUAUUACGUAUAUACAAUUGUAGUAAAUGCAGAAUCUGCUCAAAUUUGCUCUCAGUUAAUUCAACCAGUUCUAAGUGUCAAAAGCAUUGCUACCUCUGUUGUUUAAAGUUAUUAGUUUUCUUUGAAGAAAUCCAACAUCUAACAACAAUAGAUAUGAUACCACUUGACCCUCAGCCAAUAGGAAAAUACUUGACAACAUUAAGGCUCUUACCAUUGUUCAAUGCUUUCCAUUGGUUGAAAUGGUUGUUUUACGGUUUACUCUAAUAUAGUUACACAGAUGUUCAAACAUAGGGCCGCAAGGUAUUUGCAAUACAUUUUUAAUGUUUAUUUUGCUCUUUUUUCAGUGAACCAAUUAUAGCAAAGAUGUGAGACCUGGUAGACUAAAGGUGAACAUGCCAAUUAUUGUAUGAUUAAACCAUGAAAGGCAUUGUAAAAUGCAUCCUUAUGUUACCACAAAUACUGUAGUAGGUAAGAAACGUAUGCUGCUGCUAGAAGCCUUAGUUCAGCCUUUUUUACCCCCCAAUUGCAGACUCAUGCUGUAAUCCUUAUCAGUACUAGUGAGUGAAUCUGUCCCCAGUAUAUGUAGGUGGGGGUUAAGGAAUCUAUUGGGAAUGGUCAGGAUUUAGGCUAUGUCUGGAGGCCACAUUUUUAUCAAAAUCUGGAACCUUGUGUUUGAAAAUAUUUGAAAAUAACUCAUGGAAAUUAAAAAAAAAACAUUUCCUUUUAUAAAUCUUGAUUUGAAGUUCCAAUGAUUAUAUUUCCAUUUGGAAUGUGUAUUUCUACAUUGGAAGCAAUUAAAAAAGUUGAUUGAAAUUCUACAGAAAAACUUGUGAAAGAAGAAUAGAGGCUAAGGCUAUGCCAGCGUCCUUAUAUCGAGAGAUUGAAAAAUAGCAGCAGCCAAGAUUGCAGCCACUACUCAAUACAAUAGGCAAGUUAUUGUAUGUUUAUUUAUGAAUACAUACCCAUUCAGUGGCAAUGUGAUGAGAAAUUGGGUAUUUACAGAAACCAUAUAGAUUACAUAUAGGUGACUUUACUCAGUAAGUUAUGGAGACCUCAGUAAGUAAAAAUGACAGGUCAACUUUGUUUCUUUAUGGAACAUCACAUAUACAGGCAAUAGAGAGGAGAUGAGUGGAUUGUUAACACCUUUAUGGAUUUCAGUACACAGGGUUGUGUUGGUUGUACCUAACAUGGAGACAAUAGACUUUUUCAAAA